CUCCAAGAUGACUGUAGGGAUCGUGACGACUGCUAUUUGGAUUGACGUUUUUAUACCCACUAUCCCUUCAGGGCUAAGCCGAUAUUGUUGGCGAUCGUCAUCAGAAUAACUGUUCUGGGGGUUUAGGAUUCACACAACUCAAUGUGCAAGUGAAUGAAUCCCAGUGUGUUGUUCUCACCGUCAUGAUGACGUCACUAACAGUUAUGGGCGUCGCUGUUAUAGUCAUCGUCAGUAACGGCGUGCUGGGAAUGAUAGAAGAAAUCAGUAUCAAUGGAGAUGUAUUGAACUGUUAUGACAUGUACCGGCGCUCAUCAGACAUCAGUCGAUCUGUAGGGUAUAGCAUACAUUGGAAAUGCAUGCAGAUGCAUAUAUGGAAUCUUUUGGAACAAACAAGUCUAAAUAUUACUCUCGUAGAUCAGCAAUGGAUAGAGAGCAUCACGUCUCUACCGGCUUUAAAAGGAAGAAAAAAACGACAGGUUGAAAUGCCUCGAGUGCGUCGAGAAUACAGACGUAUGAGCAACCAACAGCGGGAAAAUUAUCACCGUGCUGUGACGUUACUGAAACAAAUACCAAUAGCAAACACCACUCGAUAUGACUUCAUAGCCAACAUCCACCGAGGGGAUGCUAUCCCACUAGCUCAUAGAGGACCAAACUUCCUCGGCUGGCACCGAGUCUAUCUUAUAAUAUACGAGAAUGCUCUACGACAAGUGGUGCCAGGUGUUACCAUCCCGUACUGGGCUUCAUCCUUAGACAACGAACUUGAUGCCAAUGAGCGGACACACUCAGUCAUUUGGUCGGAUCUUUUUCUUGGAAACGGGGACGGAUUCGUCACUUCCGGUCCCUAUGCUAAUUGGCAGACACAAAGUGGACCACUAAUUAGAAACAUAGGCUUAAUAGGAGAACUCUUCAGCAUUGAUAGAAUCGCAAGAAUUCUUAACAUGACAAGAACGUCCGAAAUAACAUUCCCGAGCGGAGCUCCAGAAAACAGACUGGAGGAUGUUCACGACAGUGUUCAUGUAUGGGUAGGAGGAGGAAACGGGCAGAUGAAUGACCUCAAUACUGCCGCCCAGGACCCAGCCUUCUUCAGCCAUCAUGCAUUCGUGGACUACCUUUGGGAGGAGUUCCGACAGCGACAGAUCCAGCUAGGAAUCGACCCGUCUCUGGACUAUCCGGCCCAGUUUGGUUCGCCUCAGCACGCCCCACUAGCCCCCAUGCGAUUUGGAAAUCUGAGGAAUAUUGAUGGCUACAGUAACUUGAUAACAUCAAAUAUAUAUCAAUACGAGGCAUCACCAACGUGUCGGAGACAGCGGCCUACAUGUGGAUCAGAUUUCCUACGCUGUGACACCAACAGGGCGAUGCCGCGCUGUAUCACGCUACGGAUAGACGAGGCGCGUGCCAAUGGUGCGAGGUUCAAACGUCAGACGUCUUUUCAGAUGGUCGGAAGCAAAACGACAUGUUCUGGGCAGAGUUACCAGCGAGCUGUACAGAACCGGUAUCUGUGUAGUAAUCAGUCAGAUAUCCGGGAGUGGUCGUAUAUUCCCGUAGAUGUAGUAUAUCGACGUCCGCCGGAGUUCACGCGCUACCAAUCCUACCCCGUGUUUAACGGGCAAGGGAUGGUCAACAGUGACAUAUACUCGCCUACAUCCUAUGUUGGGCUCGCAUCUUCUCUUCCAAUAGGAAACCCUGCCAAGUACAGCGAAUGCAUCGAUCCAUACAAAAACGCUGGCAAAAUUUUUAUUGAGUCCAAUGGCCUUAAUCAUUAUGGAUCGUACAGUGAAUUUGUCAUGGUAGACAACCGUCUUGCAAUCUCAAAAGCAACUGGUUACGUUGCUGUGAAAUCGCCCGAUUCCGGAAUGACUGACGUGCACGUGUCCGCCCAUGACUCAUGCGGACGUGUGUGUCGCCCGUACUGUCGGACACCCGGCUCACCACUAAACGACUUCCAUCCAUGCACGGGGGCCAUACGAAUUACGACUAGCGCCCCGAAACUGUACGGCAGAACAUAUGGGGAGUUAAUUCUUGACACUUGGCAGUUUCCUCAAGACGGAAACUGUCCGAGAACUGACGAUAACUACGCCCAUCUCCGCUUCUACUGUGACUAUACAAACCAAUGGCCGUGGGCGGAUGUCCGCCGGACAGUAAAUCCUGUGAGUGUGGCCCCCUCUCUUGCAAUCGGCGUCACCAAAUCUCCCAAGGUCCAGGUCGUUGACAGUGGAGAACCAGCUAUACAAGGCUGUCUGCUGGGCCAUGGCUGUGUGGUGAAGGCGGUGUGUGGCCCCUGUAAACACGCUAGUAAACAGGCGUGUAUCAAAUCAAGCACCAUGUUUGCCGUGUGUAACGGUGACAUCUACACCAUCCGAAGGUGUAUCAGCAACAGUCAGUACGAUGACGUCACCGGCACGUGUAAAACCAGCUCAGUUGCAAUGACAAAAUGAAAUCAAUAACUGUUAAGGAAUAGGUUCAAAUAUUCUUUAGUUUACACUAUAGGUUUUGGCUGAAAAUCGGCAUUAUUUUGAUGGUUUGAGUCUCUUGUAUAUGUAUGUAUCACAUGCCAGUAAA